AUGCUUAAAAUUGAAGAACAGGUGAAAACUUUAUUCUUUUCCUCCAAACUAGAAGACCAAUUACAGAAACGUCAUGUGAUGUUGAUUUGUAUAUCUAUCUAUCUAUCUAUCUAUCUAUCUAUCUAUCUAGUAACUCUUAAAAAUCACUUUCUCUUGUCAUCAAAUCAAGCAAAUAUGGCGCGCUUUAUCCCAAUGAUUUUCCUAUUGUACGUAAUCAAGUAUUUCAUAUCUGCAGAUACAACAUCAUUUACCAGUUGGAAUUUGAUUUUUAAAAUUGGUGGUGAUGGAACCAACGAUGAAGUAAAUGUCACUUUAGUCGGAACAGCAGCAACGGCUGGAACUGUAAUUGUUUGCAAUAACACAUGUGAAAAAAAAAGCGAAAGCAAUUUUACUUUCACAACAGUUCAUAUCGGAUUGAUCGAGAAUAUACACUUGAACAUAUUAAACAAAGACAAAUGGGAUCUUGAAGAGAUAACAAUUACAAAUUUAGGCACAUCUGAAGUCGAUCAAUGCAAAUGGCAGUCUUCAUCUACCUUGUAUCACACGUGUACACUCAUUUCAUCUACAACUCUCAAAAUGACGUCACCAUCCGUCACAGCCAUGUCAUCGACGUUGAUAUUGACGACAAUUACUGAUAAGCAAACAAGUCUCCAAACGAUAGCGACGUGCUAUUCAGGUUGGAUAAAUAUCGAAGGCUUAUGUUAUAGAAUUGUCAACCGAAAAGAAGAUGUCAACAACGCAAAAGACAGUUGUGGAAGUGAUACAAUUGUUGACACAUCUAUCUAUCUAUCUAUCUAUCUAUCUAUCUAUCAUAAUCUGUUCAUUUCACUCUCUCAUUAUCAAAAUAUGAUUAUCUUUCUUUUUUCUUUCUUUCUUUCUUUCUUUCUUUCUUUCUUUCUCCUAACUAAAAAUGUUUUUUACUUCUUACCGAUUAUCAAAAUGGUUUUACUCACUUGUCAGAUGAAGAAUCUUUCCGUAUGUACAACUUCUGGCAAAUAUAAUUCUCUAUGCUCCAGAGAAGUGAUAAAUGCGUCAUUAACUUUGGUUGGUCCAAUGACAUUAUACAGCGCUUCUUGGUUGAUUCCUAACACGAAGAAAUCUUUUGAUAUCAUUAAGCAACAUUUCUUAAAUUGUUGUGCUUCGGAAGGAAUUUGGCUCGGAAUGUACAAAAGGAAUAGUCAACUUUAUUGGACUGACGGAAGUUUAGUCAGUGAAAAUGAAAAGAAUUUAUUGAAUAUUGUAAAAUCACCAGAAAAAAAUUGCGCUAUGUACAAUGGUUCUAUAAUAUUCAUAGAAUGUUCAUCAACCAAAAUGGGAUUAACAAUUAUUUUUCCGCCUAAUUAUUUUAAUGCGGUGACAUCCCAAAUCUCAUCAAACUCGGAACAUAAAUCCACAACAACAGCAAGAAUGAAUAUGUGUCUUUGUCCAUGUCGAUUUCCUCGGAAAAAUAUAAGUGUCGAAGAAUUCAAAGAAAGCCUGAAAGACAUUGUUAUUGACAAGAAAAACACUUCAAGUUACAAACGUUCGAAAAUAAGUUCUCCUGAUGAACGUACCUCAUCAAAAACCAUUGGGAUGGUGGCUGUUGUUGUUAUUAUCAUUCCUUUUUGUCUGUUAAUCUUAAGUGAUGUUCCCAUACUGGUUUGUCAAGUUAUAGCUACUUACAAACGAAUCAUCAAAGGAAAUCCAUGA